GUGCGUGGUCUGACGAGAGAGAGUGGGGAAAUAUCACACGCACUCCAGUCGGGAAUUUGUGAACAGGUGAAAAGGACGGACUUGUCAUCAUCUCAUAAGCUUUCUAAGCCAAUGGAAAACAGGGCAGUUUAAUAUAGCAGCGCAUGACACGCCCACCGACCCCACGAUGUCUCAAGCGAACCAAGGAAGCUCCACCUCCCCCCACCCGGAGACGCUGAAGGACCCGGAGACCUCCAAGGACCCCGAGACCCUACGUCUGGAGGAGGACAGGGCACGCGCGGCCAACUGGAAGCGCUGGGGGCCUUACGUCAGCGAACGCCAGUGGGGGACGGUGCGGGAGGACUACUCGGAGGACGGCAACUGCUGGGACUACUUCCCCCACGACCACGCUCGCUCACGGGCGUACCGCUGGGGCGAGGACGGCAUCGCGGGCGUGUGCGACCGGCGUGGGCGUCUCUGCUGUAGCAUCGCGCUCUGGAACGCCCGCGACCCCAUUCUGAAGGAGCGUCUCUUUGGCCUGACGGGACCCCAGGGAAACCACGGAGAGGACGUGAAAGAACUGUACUACUACCUGGACUCGACUCCUACGCACUCCUACAUGAAGUUCCUGUACAAGUAUCCCCAGCAGGAGUAUCCUUACCAGCAGAUCGAGGCGGGCAACAGGGAAAGAGGCGUGAGCGAUCCUGAGUUUGAGUUGGAGGAUACAGGCGUGUUGAGUGCAGGAUACUGGGACGUGGAAGUAGAAUACGCCAAGGACUCUCCCAACAGCUUAUUGACGGAAGUGAAGAUAACUAACCACGGACCCAAAGCUGAUAUACUGCACGUCCUUCCAACUCUCUGGUACCGGAACACAUGGAUCUGGGGCUGCACUCACGAAGGCUGCGGACUGAAGCCCAAGAUGAAACUUCAGAAGGAAACGGGCGGCGAGGGACAGAGGGUGGUUCACGCCUGGCACGAGAGUCUAGAGGAUUACGAAUGGUCGGUCGAUCAGAGUGUUCACAAAGCGGAAAUGUUGUUCACGGAGAACGAGACUAAUACAAAGAAGCUCUUCAAUGUGGACAACUACACGCCUUAUGUGAAAGAUGCUUUUCACCGGUACAUAGUGCAGAACGAAAAAGACGCAGUGAACCCCGCCAUGCAAGGAACCAAGGCGAGUGCCCACUACGUCGUCACUCUGGAGCCAGGAGAGUCGACAACGGUGAGGACGAGGCUGUGGCAGAAGGACGAGGCUCCUGAAGGCGACGAUGGGGCAGCUCACGUGUUCGGAGGAGCCUUUGAAGCCAUCAUGGAGAGGCGGAGACAGGAGGCAGAUGUUUUUUACAAGAGGGUGUUAAGUCCUCGGCUCUCGAUUGAGGAAACACGGGUAGCGAGACAGGCCUUAGCUGGGUUGCUCUGGACCAAGCAAUUUUACCAUUACAUUGUUAAGGACUGGCUCGGAGGAGACUUGAACCAGCCUCCCCCUCCGUCUUCUCGUCACUUCGGCCGUAACAGCGAAUGGGGUCACCUCUUUAACCUGGACGUCAUAUCGAUGCCUGACAAGUGGGAGUAUCCUUGGUAUGCUUCGUGGGACCUCGCUUUCCACUGCGUCGCCCUGGCUUUCGUCGACGCAGACUAUGCCAAGGAUCAGCUGAUUCUCUUCCUCAGGGAAUGGUACAUGCAUCCCAACGGCCAAAUACCUGCCUACGAGUUCGCCCUCGGGGACGUGAACCCGCCCGUGCACGCGUGGGCGGCCAUGAACGUGUACAGAGGGAGUGGGCGUCGAGGGGCGAGAGACACGGCUUUCUUGGCAAGAACCUUCCAGAAGCUCUCUCUCAAUUUUACGUGGUGGGUCAACAGAAAGGACCCCAACGGAAGGAAUCUGUUCGGCGGUGGAUUCCUCGGUCUUGAUAACAUAGGAGUGUUUGACAGGUCUCGGCCCCUCCCCGUUGCUGGCCAGCUGGAGCAGGCAGACGGCACCGCGUGGAUGGCCUUCUUCUGCGUCACGAUGCUGGACAUGGCCCUCACCCUGGCCGAGAGUGACCCGGUGUACGAAGACAUGGCCUCCAAGUAUUUCGAGCACUUCAUCCUCAUCGUAGACGCCAUCAACUCCUCGGGUCAAGGACGAGGUCUGUGGGACGAGGAGGACGGGUUCUACUACGACUUCAUCAGGAAGGACGAUGGGACUUCGAUGCCGCUGAAGGUCCGCUCCCUCGUGGGCCUGACGCCGCUGUUCGCCGUGCUGGUGCUGGUGCGGGAGGAACUGCAGGCGCUGCCGGGUUUCUACAAGAGGUCGCGCUGGCUCAUAAACAACAGGCCAGAUCUCGCCUCAAGGGUGACGUUCAUGAGCGAGGGCGGGUCCCGUAGGAUGCUGCUCGCUGUCCCCACCAAGGAGCAGCUCCUCCGUCUCCUCCGUUAUCUCCUGGACGAGGAUGAAUUCCUUUCUCCUCACGGCAUCAGGUCACUCUCCAAGGUCCACGAGAAGUCGCCCUUCGUCCUGGACAUCGGCGGAGAGAAGCACGAAGUCUCGUACGUUUCCGGCGAAUCGAACACCUACCUCUUCGGCGGGAAUUCGAACUGGCGCGGACCCAUCUGGCUGCCCAUGAAUUUCCUCAUUAUUACUUCGCUUAAGAGGUACCACUUCUUCUACGGAGACCAGCUGAAGGUGGAGUGUCCCGUCGGCUCAGGGAAUCACAUGACGCUGGAGGAAGUGGCGGUGUUCCUGGCCCGGCGCCUCGUGACUGUCUUCCUCCCGGGCGGCGACGGCGCGCGGCCUUGCCACGGCGAGAGCAAGGCCUACCGAGACGACCCAGCGUGGAAGGACCUCCUCCUUUUCUACGAAUUCUUCGACGGCGAGACAGGGCGAGGGUGCGGCGCCUCCCACCAGACCGGAUGGACGGCGCUGGUGGCCAACUGCCUCAACAUCACCCUGGGUUACUCCCAUGCUGGCUUAGGACGCUAUAAUACCGACGAAUAGGCUUCAUCUUUUACUCACUCUUUCCUUGUGGGUUUCGUCGAGGGAGAGGGCCGUGGUGUAAUGAAUGGGCAGUCGUAUUUUGGUGUAGAUACGGGAUGGUUUUAUUUGUUCUGUGUACUCGUUUUCUAUAAGUGAUUGAAACAGGCAUUUAAGUUUUUUUUCUAACCAUUUGAAGCUCUCUUCUUGUUUCUUGUCAAAUGUUGACGUUGAACAGUUCCUUGUAGAAACGAGAUGUUUUUAUUUGUUCUAUAAGUUGUUGAAACAUU